GCUUUUUCCUUGUGUUAACGUCACAUGACAAAAGGAAAGUCCAGCUCCGUACGGCCAGAAGCUUUACCCAAAAUUUAUAAAUGUCAGUUUCAUUCAGCUAACAUGGCAGGUUGAGCUUUUAACAGCCAUGAUGCCCCAAGCUCCUCGUAUGUCAGUGUUCACCUUUCAGUCUGCAGUGCAUAGCACUCAUGUUCUCCAGUGUUUGAAUGAGCAGAGGCAGCAGGACAUCUUAUGCGAUGUGACGGUGAUGGUGGAAAACAGGAGUUUUCGGGCCCAUUGUUCUGUCCUGGCCUCAUGCAGCGAAUACUUUUACAGUAGAGUUACCAGUGUUGCCAGAAAUAAUCCCAUCAUCACUCUACCUGAAGAGGUGACUGUGGAAGGGUUUGAACCUUUGCUUCAGUUUGCCUACACGUCAAAGCUGCUUUUCACCAAAGAAAACAUUCAUGCUAUUCACACCAGUGCUGCAUUUUUGGGAUUUCACAACUUGGAAUCAGCUUGCUUUGAUUUUCUCAUCCCCAAGUUUUCUGAAAGUGAAAAAAUCUCACAGGUCAGACAUAGAUCCUGUUGUCAGAACUGGGAGCGCAGUGCCAGUUUUGGCUCCAGUGCGGUCAGUAGACAGGUAGAAUCAGUUGAGUCACACUGCACAGGGACUUUAGGAGGUGAUGAGCAAAUAGACUUGUCAUCACAGUGCCCGCAGAGCAGACAGGGUAAGACAAACAGUGGGGAGGAACACUUCUGUUUGGAGAACUGUGGGCCACAAAUGGCUCCCUUAUCUCUAGAGUUAGCAGCAAAUGGCGUGUGCCCGUUAUUGUCUCUGCCAUGCCCAGGCUCUGACAAAGCAGAUCAUCCCCCUGAAUUUUGUGAAAGAGACAUAUUACAGAUGGGAGAUGUAUGUAAUCAAAGUGAGUUGAGUUUGGCAGGCUGUAGCUUACGAUGUGAGCUGUCAACACCAGGAAAUGUAAAUCCUCCAGAAAUUAUUGAGGUAGCUGCCAGAGAUAAUGAACAGACUGUUGAGACUUUUAGUGCUGAAACUAACUGCAGUGUAGGUUCAUGUCCACUGAAGACAUCAGAGGUUGAAAAUUGUACUACAGUUUUAGAGCAGAGUGAGGAUGGACUUGAGCAGCAGAUGGCAGAUGAUGUCUCUGUCCCAACCUUAUCUGUCUUAACCAACAAAGAGGGAUAUGAAGACCGUAGUCGUGUGGAGAGGGAGGUCGCUGAACAUCUUGCAAAGGGGUUUUGGCCUGACCUAUGCCCCUCUCAGGCUCAACCACAGUCCCUUGAUCCAGUGAGCCAAAACAAUUUGUCAAAAGCAUCAGACUUCCACUGGCUUAGGCAGUUGGACCUGAGUUCCAGUGUAGGAGACUGUCCCUUUCUCAGGGACCUUGGGACAGGUGAUGAUCCAGGUACACAGACUGACAGCAUGUCCCAAGCAGAGAAGAGUCCCUACGUAUCCUCCUCUCUCAACUCAGGGGAUGAAUCAGAAAUGGACACAGAUGGAGAUACUGAGGCCAACAACACAAGAGCUGCAGAGAUUCAGCUCCCAUUUCCAGUGGCGCAUAUCUCAAAAUUGAGCAGGAGUGCGUUCCAGCAGCUUCUGAGGGACCAUCGGCUGACUCAAGAUCAGCUUGAGUUUGUCCAUGACGUCCGUCGCCGAAGUAAAAACCGCGUGGCUGCACAACGCUGCCGAAAGAGGAAGCUAGAUGGCAUACAUCAGCUGGAAUGUGAAAUAAAAAAAUUAAAAAUUGAGAAAGAGCGUUUGCUACAGGAGCAAACAGAGCUACAGCUAAACCUUGGAGAGAUGCAGCAGAGCCUGCGUGGGCUUUGUAAGAGCGUCAGCAUCGAGACCGGCUCUGAUCAGGAUCACUUGCAACUUUUCGCCAAGCUCUCUACACCCGACAUUCCUUUCUCCUCCCCCAGCCUUGAGGAACAAAACGAGGAGUCACAGACCACCAUUGAAAUAUUAAGUUCUUCUUCAGAGUGCAGUCAAAGUAGGCCACUCCCAGGGUCAGGUCAGACUGCUGCACUUCAGGCCUGCACAGAGGACGCAGGACACUCUGUCCCUGCAUCUUUGCUCACUGCCUGUUUGGACAUGACCAACACUUUAUAAUAUGGCUCCAAUUUCACUGUUAUUAUUUCAGGACUACAACCUUUCUUUUAUACUGUAAUCCUCUUUUUGGACAGACUUGCUUUCCUGUGUAUCUCACUUAAUAAUUUUCAGCCUGAAAGUGGUAUCUUAAAUUGACACACAAAUAUAUUUUGAUGUGUUUAUAAUUUUUUAGAAUUAUAAUUUCCCUUCAGGCUUUGAUAAUUAUUUUUUUUCCUUAUUACGUUAAUCUGUAUUUCACUAAAGUAAACAGAAUCCAGUAUUCAUCUAUUUGAAGGUGCAGGUAAUUUUCAGGUAGUUUUUAAAAGUUUCCAUUCACUCAAUUUAGGUUGUUUCCAAAUGUUAAAUUAGUUUUUCUCAGGGAAGCUAAAAAUCUAACUGUAUUUAUAAUCUUCACUGUACACCAAUCCAACUCAUCUCCAAACAUACACACAGAAUGUUUUCUGUAUUUUUCAUUAGCGUAUUGUUAUCAUCUUUGCUUAAUCAGAAUUAUUCGACCAUUUUACUUUUCUUUGACUACUAUUGCACAGAACUAACAGAAAACCCACGCAGUACUCUAUAAGUUUGUAAUUUCUCAGCUAAUGUGACAUUUUAAGUUUAUUUGAAUGCACAUGUAUAGUUGGAUGAUUAACUAUCUGCUUCCCUUAAAAAUUGAAAAACGGUUCUACAGAGUAUAAAAAUGUUACAGGAUAACAUAAACUGUUGGAUACUAAAUGUGCCUUAUACUGCAUUCUAAAAGAUAGGUCAUGUUCGAGUAUUACUGUCUCAAGCACUGUUGCACAUUAACCCAGAGCUAAUAUUAAUGGCAUCAUCUUGUCUGUCUGCAUGUUGAUUUUUUUUUUUAAAUAAAUUGCUUUCAUUAAAAACUAAUUUAAAUAAAAAAAAUUUACCAUUCA